AUUUCUCCUCCUGGCCUCAAGGAAGUAAAAUGUGAGUGGUGCCCUAGUUGAGUUGAAAAAGGAACUUCUAUUAUAUUCAUAUACUCAUAUUUAUUUUGUGAUAUUUAUAUUUCUGAUUCAGAGAUCAACAGGCGUCCAUUCUCGGCCUGACGUCUCUCUCUCUGAGGUUGUAAACAAACACGUCUUCUAUUGUCCUCCAUUGUCAGAGAGUGGAGAUGACCUUUUUCUCUUCCCUCUUUCUUCCCCCCCGUCUCCUUUUCACCAUCGAUCCCAAGCUGUCGCGCUGCCACUCCCUCUCUUGUGUCCCCACCUGUUGAACAAUUGUCUCGCUAUUAUCUCAUGUCACUCGCCAUUGGCCCCGCCUCCGUCUGUUAGCCACGCCCCCUUACCCUUCUGCCCGCUAUAAAAGCGAGAGAGGGCGCGGCCGGGCGGUGACAAGCAGCUUGGCGCCACACCGAGUUAGGAUUUCUUCUUCCUUUUUUUUUUUUUUUUUUUCCCACACACAUCAUGCAAAUGGACACAGGCGUAGCCAUGUCGCUGUGGUGCGAGGAGGCGGAAGACGCCGAGCGGACGGAGGCGCCUGUGCACACCGCCGACGGGGGUCAGGCUCAGCUGCGGGCCGCCUGGGACCCGUCGGUGUCUGGGCAUCGGGUGAUCCAGAGGCUGCUUCACAUGGAGGACCGCUACGCGCCCUCGCCGCUGUACGUCAGCAUCAUCCAGCAGGAUCCGCAACGCAGGGAGGAGCUGUGCAAGUGGACCCUGGAGGUGUGCUGCGUUUGCGGCUGCGAUGAGGCAGUCUUCCCCUUGUCUGUCUCGCUGAUGGACCGCUUCCUGUCCACCACGCUGUCCCUGCCCGCGUCUCCGCACUGCCUGGCCGCCGCCUGCGUCCUCAUCGCCUCCAAGCUGACGGAGUGUGACAACAUCCAAUCAGACGCCCUAUGUGCCGCCGCAGACGACAACUUCCUGCCGUCCGACCUGAGGGAAAUGGAGCGCGUCGUGCUCGGCACCCUACGCUGGGACACAGCCGCCGUGACCCCGCAGGACUUCCUCCCGCACUUCCUGGCCUCGGUGCAGGAAAGGAGCGAGGGCGGCGACUCGGAACAGGAGCGGACCACCCUGCGGCGGCACAGCGACACGCUGGCGGCGAUGUGCGUCUGCGAACCUCGCUUCCUGGGGACACCGCCCUCGCUCAUGGCCGCCGCGUCGCUCAACUGCGCCCUGCGAGGUCUGAGCGACAGGGGGCGCCAUCAGCGGUCCGCGAUGAGUUUAAGGCUGGCCGAGCUGUGCCAGGCCGACCUGGUGGUCCUGCAGUACUACAGCCGGAUGAUCGAGUGUGCCCUCCAUCAGCGGCUGAGCAGCGGCCUGGCAGAGCCUCCCACGGAGAAGGGCGACGAGAUGGAGGACGAAAGGGCCGGCACGCCCACAGACAUGAGAGAGAUCGAUUUCUGAACACAAAAAUCCUUUCACGCUGUCAAAUUGCAAGUGUGGAUCAAUCAAAAGUCUUCAUCUUUUAAACUGAUAUAAUGUAUGACCUCAAAAUAACAUAUUUUUAUACCCUGAAAUGAUUACGUGACUGUACUGUUUAUUUAUUUUUUGCAUUAUUUAUUUGUCAGACUUUUUUAAACUACAUGUGCUCUUUACUUGUGCCAUAUUUGCUCUAUUUCUAUUAGAUUUAUUCAAGGCUCAUCUAUGUUACUUUUUGAAUAUUUAUACGUUUUAUUUAUUAUCAUGUGCAAUUAUUUCCUCUUAAUGUUAAUUUAUUUGUUUAUCUGCCAUCCC